CUGACAAGCGGUUUUCAAAACAUUAGUCACCAGUCUGUUUCCACUCGUUAUCCUUUCACUUUCUCUAAAAUGGCGGAAGAAGGCGCACUGUAUAAAGUCUCUAUUUUGCUCGACGGUUAUGGUUACACAGACGAGGAAAACAGAUAUAGAGCUAAUGGAACAAGCACUUUAAUCACUGGGCCCAAUAACAGAAUAAUCGUGGACACGGGAAGCCCAAGGGAUAAACAACGUCUGCUUGAUAAACUGAAACACCUCGGUCAUGCACCAGAAGAAGUAAACUUUGUGGUCUGCACUCACGGCCAUAUAGAUCACGUUGGAAAUUUGAACCUGUUUCCGAACGCUGUCCAAAUGGUGUCUCAUGAUAUAUUGCAAGAGCAGGAUUAUUACGCCGAUCUUCCCGAAAAUUUCGACAAAGGAACACCGUAUUGCAUUGAUGGUGAAACUGUCCAGGUUAUUUCUACUCCAGGACACACGUUCUCAGAUGUAAGUGUUGUGGUAAGAAGCACUGAUUAUGGAACAGUUAUUGUCUGUGGAGAUCUGUUUGAACAUGAAGAUGAUGAGAAUGUGUGGGAAGAAUACAGCGAAUGCCCGGAGAAACACAAAGAAAGCAGGGCUAAAGUGUUAGAGCUGGCGGACUGGGUUAUACCGGGCCAUGGGAAAAUGUUUAAGGUGAACCAACCGAAACGAUAA